UUCCUCGUUUACCCUCUGUGUAUUUCUGUCUGCGUCUCCCUCUGUUCAGCGUCGCGUUCUCCCUCAUGUUGUGUGUUAUUCUCCCCGUGGUUCCUGGUUUACUUUAUGUUUAGCUUUCCCAGUUUAGUUUAGUACUGUUUUCGUGUUCCACUUUUUGCCAGCAUUAAAGCUGUGUUUUUGAGUUUAUCCCCGUGUCGGUGAGUCUGCAUUUUGGGUCCUUCUCCUGCCUGCCACACAACGUAUCAUGACAGAAGAACGCGACCACGAACUGGACCCAGCAGCUCACAACCCCUCCGCGGACCUCCAGGACGACUUGGUCUACACGGUGGAAUAUCACUGUGAGGAAUGGGCGACGCUACCUAGAGGCGAAUACCGGGAGACCGUAGCCGUCCGUCUUCAGCGGAUGGUGUCCGGGCUCCCGUGGCUAUUCGGCGCGCUGCGCCCCCACAUCCGGGACUUUCUUGUGUCCGCCGUGGGCAUCCGUCCGGGGCAGCUGUCCCAGAAAGAACUGGAAACGGUCAGGAUUGGGACCAUGGGGCUCACCACCGUUACGCCGCCUGUUCGCUUCUCAUCGGCUUCUACAUCUUCGCCACCGCCGCCUACGUGGCGCACGGAGAUGCCAGAGGCCAGCGACUUCGGUGAAGAGGAGCGGCAGCAGGUGUUACGGGCAUAUCGGGAGGACGAGCUCCGUUGGAAGCCCUGGCUUAUCACCGAGGAGGAGCUCUCGUCAGCUGUCCCACCACAGAUCGACCAUCCACCCUCGCCGCCGCGAUCGGACUACUCGUCCCCUGCUUCCUGCCUGGCACGGAUGUGGUCUGAGGGCGAGGAGCCGGUCGCCACGGAAGGCCAGGCUGAGCCCACGGCCGCCCCUAAGAGGAAACGGCGUUCCCGCCGCUGUCGCGCACCGCCACGGCCCGUUCUGCCCUCCACUGAGCCUGCCAUUUCUCGGACUGUUUUUUCUGAGCC